UUUUUUUGUGUGUCCGUCCGUCGACUACGGCUGACUGCUGAGCAACAGUUUCGUUUGUUCAGUCUUGCUGGUUUCUCGUAGCGUCUACUAGUGUUGUUCAUUCGGCUCGCGCGCGCCGCGAUGAAUACAUUUUUAUCGUUCCGUCGUAUUCGUAAUCUCAUUCAUUUUCGACCGUCAACACUCGAAUAAAUAGAUCUACUCUCGCUUUGAAUACGUUUCGAUGUGAUUUUAUUGCUCGCUCAAGUACAGUAUAGUUCUUUUUUCAAAAAUAUUUAAUUUCGUCGGUUUUAAAACGACCCGUCCGAACGUCGCUCACCUCUCAUAUUAUUGCGAAUAACUAAUAUCUGUUACACGUGCCGUGCUUGAUUAUUAUUAUUAUUAUUAUUAUUUUUUUGUUUAUUUUAGAAAAUAAUCUUAACAAACGAUUUAGUUCGCCUUUAUACAUUCGUAAUUAUACGCAACAAUAUUUUGUAAUUAUACGUACAUUACAUUUAUGACUGCUACUGGUCGCCGUGAAUCACGCAUUCGCUAAAGUUUGGCAUUUCACUUAAAUAUUCACAACGAAUCUCAUCAGUCGAACAUGCGGCGACGGCGACAAUAAUAAUCGUCAAGUAUAACCUACCUGUUGUCGAUUAAUAUCGGUUGCCGCAGUACACGGAUUUUACCAACAACAGCAGCAGGUGACUGAGCUGAGCUGGUGACAUCGCUGGUCGGCAAACCGCGCUGCGGUAAAAAAAAAAAAAGGAAUUCGCGACGUCGGCAGAAAGGAAGACAACGACGACGUGCGACCAUCAUCAUACCGAGGAGGAAGGGCGGAAAAAUUAUUUUGCGCCGGGAUUUAUUGAAUACGUUAGUUUAUGGUGAUGAAGAUGUAAACAUGGGGGAACUACAACAAUAUACAAGAAGUUACCGACACAGUUGGUGGCCACCAAGACCGCCAUGGAUUACAUUGACGUCGGUAUUUUUGUUACUAGUUCACUCGGCACACUCUUCAAUAAACUGUGGUUCCGGCAUAAAAUCAGUUGGUGAAACUAUUCCUAGAGGUGAUAUUAUCUUAGAAUACAACAGCGGUGUUCCUUUAGAAAUCACGUGUAUUUUAGAUCCCGACAAUGCAAUUGUGCAGAGCCAAUUGCGCCAACUAAGUAAUAAUAAUAGUGAAACUCAACUACUAAGUCAAUGGAUUGUGUUCUACAAGUACGCCGAACGUGUGCCCAAGCAAUACGUGUCAAUUAUUAACGCAACGGCAGCUCAAUUACGCAUCCCCAAUCCUCCAGCUGGUCUCAACAUCUAUGAUUGCAUUUUGCUAUUAGAUAACCAACGACGUCUAAACAAUGAUAGUUAUGAUACUAACAGUAGUGCUCAGUUAUCCACAUUAUCUGUCGAUUCGUCAAAGUUUUCCACUGUGCAACCAACAAGUUUGGAAACAAGUGGACCUCCUCCGUUGAUGCCACAAGAGGCGGGGACCGGAGUAUGUCUAAAUACUGUUCAUGUGGGAUAUAAACCUUUGCCCAUUAAAAAUUUCUCUUGCAUAUCGGAUAAUUGGCUCAGUCUGAUGUGCAAUUGGACCAAACCAGAGAAUCCAGUUAAAACAGAUUAUAAAUUAUUCUUUAGAUUGCCUGGUCGAACUAGUAGCAGAAACGUUUAUGCUUGUCCAUCUAAAAUCACGGAUGUCGAAGAAAAUUAUUGUUAUUGGGAUGUUUCUACUAAGCCCAUAUAUCGACAACUAUAUGAGUAUUAUUUUUUCACAAUAACUGGUGAAAAUGUAUUAGGAAACUCAACUUCGUCGUUUCGUUUUCAUCAUUAUGCUAACGUUAUCCCUGCGAGCCCAAAUAUUACUGUUAUGGAUAAAACUCAAUCAAGUGCAAUGUUAAAGUGGUCUGUUGGUCCAAUGAUAGCAUUUCCACGAGAAUUAAUUCAUAAAAUUGAAUAUAAGUCUCAGUGGGAUUCCAAUCCUGAACAUUGGCAUUCCAUAAAUGUAAGUUACGUAUGUAAUUCAUCCCUGACGUCCAACCAAACAAUUUUAGUUCAUAAAUUAAAUUGCCUGAAACAUGACUCGGAAUAUUAUUACUUCAACGUCACGGAUUUAAAAUACCCAUUUACACAUUAUGAUUUUCGUAUAUAUGUACGAUCUUCCGUUGCCUCUGAGGAAAACAGGUGGUCUGCCCCGGGUCGUAUCACUCUAAAAACAAAACCUACUAUACCUAGACGACCUCCAAAAACUGACAUAGGGAGCUUUGAGUGUGUCCCAUCAUUAGUCAAGAAAUCUACGAGGGAUGUGUUCAUAUAUUGGCAGAAUAUUGAUGACAGCGAGAAGUGUGGUGAUUUAUUUGAAUAUCAUGCUUACUAUACUUCUACGACAGCAGAUAAUCAAACGAUCAUUCACCGUAGUAAUGAAACGUAUAAAAAUUAUGCUAAAUUCGAAGGACUCAAUACUAGUAUUGGUUACUUAUUUACCAUUUAUUCAGUGAAUAAAGAAGGUUUUUCCAUAGACUAUUCCACAGUUUAUGUACCUAGCGAAGCGGACAAACUUGAUGAACCAAUAUCUUUUACCAAAAUGGCAUUUGAUGAACGAGGGGUUUUUGAACUAUCAUGGAAAAAUGCUAGUAGUGAGAAAUCAUCCACAACUAAUCAACUUAGUGAUUAUACUAUAUUUUGGUGUGAAAGUGACAAGGACCGUCCUUACCAGUGUAAUGGAUAUAUGAACUGGAUGCAUAUACCAAGUUCAGAAUCUUGCUACAAUAUUACCGUAUCGGAUCAUACGAAAAUUUACCAAUUUGCAAUAAGCUCGAACAGUCAGAUUUCUCAAAGGAAUAGUUUAAAUAGUAUUUAUCAGCCACCUAUUAGUAGUAGUGGAAUGGUAUGGGCAUCAUGUACAGUACUUCAUAAUAAAAUCGUUGGUAAAAUAAAAAACGUUUGGGUUAAUAUAAUUAGCUCGACACAUAUGGAAUUGAGAUGGAAACUCGAUUGCUCUGAUAGAAUUGGAGCAGUUCUUGGAUUUCGUAUUUAUUACUGUCCUGUAGUUUCCAUAAAUAAUUCCGCUUGCAAAGAACCUAUGUUAAACAAAACUGUUAGCGGAGAAAAUAUGGUACAAGAUAGUAGAGGUAGCAUAACAAAUCUCAAAUCAUAUACAACUUAUAUGGUUACUAUUGCAUUGAUCACAAAACAUGGUGAAGGCUUACAUAGUAAUCCUUUACUUAAUACUACCCUCGAAGGAGCUCCAGAUGUGCAUGAUUUAAAUAUAAGUGUUGUGGGAUUUACCAAUACAUCCGUGAGUCUUGAGUGGUCACCUCCGAAGUUUACAAAUGGUGUUGUUCGUCAUUACUUUGUUCAUUAUUAUUUGGAUGAUGUGCCACAGCAGCAAGACUUGAACGAUUUUUUGGACGAUCAGCAAUCAAUAAAUCAACGUCAUCGAAUAAUAGUUCAUGAUACCAAGUGCCAUCUAGAACAGCUUGAAAGCUAUAGAACUUAUAAUAUAUCUAUCACUGCAUGUACAACAGUAUGUUCAGAUCGUUCAUUUCCCAUACAAGUACGAACAGCUGUUGGAUUACCAGGGAGGGUUGCGCAACCAAAUGUAAUAUAUGAAAACAGCACUAGAAUAGUUGUGUCAUGGCUUAGACCCGCAAAACCUGCAGGUCCGAUUGAUUAUUAUCAAUUAGCACAUCAUAGUGGUUCGACCAGUUCACAUACUAAUAAUGAUGGUAGUUCAUCCACACCCGCAGUUUUAGCUUCCACACAAAUACAUGAAAAUCCUGAAAACUAUUACCUGAGUGAUUCCAACGAAUUCCGUGUACCUGUUACUGAUUGUAACAAUGAACACGUCAAAGGUCAACAAACUUUUUCAUUUUCUGUACGAGCAGUCAACAACAACCCAAUGGAUCCUAGUCAUCCAUAUUUUGGUCCAUGGUCUGCCCCUGGGUCAGUCAGUUGUGUGUUACCAGGUCUUUCUCUAGUGCUUCAUUUAGUUAUAUGGUCAUGUUUGUUCAUUAUUCUAACCACUAUAUCCACAUACUGGGGUAACAGAUUUUGGAGAAAGUAUAAAGUCAUGCAUAACGUACAAGUCGUUUUACCACCCACAUUGAACAUAAACAUCAAGUUUGACCAUUACAACAACUUCAGUGACAGUCGGCCGGAGUCGAGUCAGCAAUAUUACUUGGAAGACGGUCACAUUAUUUACGACACGACGCCAGCCAACGGCAACUCACACGUCUCCGCGUCCGACGAACGAAACCGGAGCGAUUCGAUUUGUGAACGACUGCCGCCGGCCCGUUGGAGUCCAGCGACGGCUACGACGACCACCACGGUGGCAGACGACGACGAUUCAUCGUCCAGCAAACAUCACCUCAUACUGCCGUCCAUGGAGCCAACGGCCCGCAAGAGUGACAACGAUGUGGCGAAGAGUAACGACGAUGACGACGACGACGCGGCCCGGCCGCUCGAACCGGUUCUGCCGUUCUUCUCGAUGCCCGAGGCGCCGGUCGCGUCCGGGUUCGUGGCUGCUACCGUGACCGGGCCACCGCGCGACCCCUGUAACAUUGUCGUGGCAGCACCAUCCGACGACAACAACGACCGCGGUUACCAGGACAGCUGCAUAUUCGGCAGCAGCGCGUCUCCUCCCCGGCACGACAGCGUCACCGCCGGCACGGCGAUCGUCGAUUGUUUCGUUGGCGAUCAGCGGCGGUCGCACGAUAAGAACUUACUGCUCCGACGUCGGCCUGGCAACGGUCACCCGCAGUCGUACAACGGUAGAAACGAUUCUUCUGUGGCGUCGGCCGACGGCAAACACCAACGUGAAUUCCAGUCGCAGAAAGACGAAUAUCUGCCGUACCGUCGACUCAACGGCGAGCCACAGCAUCCGCAACAGUCCCGAACGCAACAACCAAUGCAACAGCUGCAACAAUUGCAACAACGACUGCAGCAGCAGCAGCAACUGCAGCAGCAGCAGCAACAGCAAUCGCAGCAGCAGCAACAAAACCGUCUUGACGGCUAUUGCGGCAAGCAAAUGAUGAUCGCUGCGGCCGCGGCUGCCGGCGAGCUUGGAAAGAACAACGAAGGCGGCGAACAGCAGCCAUCGCCCACCAUCCUGCUGGCUUCGAGCACGGCGUACGUCAUGUUAGAUAUGGUGACCGCGGCCGCGGCGCAAAAGCGUCUCCUGGACCUGGGACGGGCGGAGUUCAGCAAACCCACAGGAGUGGCCGUUCAGCCGACCGCUGCGAUAGUGGACAUCGGCGGCUGCGGAUCUUCUACGUCCACCCAAUGCGAGAGCGUUCCGGAAAUGGCCACAUGAUAACCGUCCGCUCAUCUUCAUACCAAGUAAUAAACAAACGCACAAUUCGAUACAUCCACGAUGUGGUACUGUUUUUUUUUUAAUUCAUUUUUUUAUUUUAGU